CUACUUGAAUUGAGUUUUGAUUCCUAAGAAAUCAAUGUCUAAAUGCAUAUCACCCUUUUCACAUUUACAAUUGAGACCCUACUAACAAAGUGAAUGGAAUUUGCUUGUUUCUUUCCUUUUCUGUGUCUUUUAUCCAACUGGGAUGUGAAUCCAUGUUUCAAGUAUUUAAAUAUACCGCCACAUUUUUGCAAUCUAUGCAAUAAUCAUAAACAACAUUUUCUCCCAUUCGCUCAAAGAAAAUGAGGAAAUCAUACUCCUCUUUUCAGCUUUUAGCAUUUUUGUUAUUUGUUCACGUUAUAGCUACUUGCUUAGCCUUGAAUAUUAGCACUGAUCAAACUUCUCUUCUAGCCUUGAAAGCCCAAAUUACUUCAGACCCUUAUCAGAUUCUUUCAGAAAACUGGAGUUCAUCAAACUCUGUUUGUAACUGGAUUGGAAUCACUUGUGGCUCUCGUCAUCAACGAGUUACUGUACUGAAUAUUUCUGACAUGGGAUUUUCGGGUACCAUCCCACCACAACUUGGUGACCUUUCUUUUCUUCUUUCGCUUGAUCUAAGCUACAACAAUUUCCAUGGUGAACGUCCACCAGAGUUUUCUCGUUUGCGAAAAUUGAGAGUUAUUAAUCUUAGUUUCAACAACUUCACUGGACAAAUUCCUAAAUUUUUGGGUGAAUUUCAAGACCUUCAAAUGUUGUCUCUUGAAAACAAUAGUUUCAGUGGGUUCAUUCCUCCGUCUAUCUCUAACAUGAAGAAUCUUGGAUUCUUGAAUUUGAGGUACAACAAUCUGGAAGGAAAUAUUCCAACAGGAAUAGCCACUCUUCGGAGUUUAAAAUGGUUGAGUUUUGGAUUCAAUAAACUCAAUGGCUCCAAUGUGCUCUCCAUGUUCAACAUCUCGACACUAGAAUAUUUGGAUCUCAGAAAUGCUGGUUUAAUUGGUGAUUUUCCAUCUGAUUUGUGCCGUCAACUUCCAAGAUUGCAAAGGCUUGGACUUAAUUUCAACAUGUUAAGUGGAGAGAUACCAAGAAGCAUAUCAGAAUACUCGGAACUUCAAGUCCUAUUGUUGUUGCAAAACAACUUUAUCGGAAAAAUUCCAAGAGAACUUGGGAAAUUACAACUGCUGCAAAUCUUAACUCUUGGGUUCAACAAGUUACAAGGAACAAUUCCUGAUGAGAUUGGUGAUCUUCAUAAUUUGAAACAAACGGGCAUAGAAAAAAAUGCACUAAUAGGCUCAAUCCCUUUAACCAUAUUCAACAUUUCAUCACUUCAAGUUUUAUCAAUUUGGGACAACAAGCUUGAAGGACCUCUACCAAGAGAGGUUGGAAAUUUGACUAUGCUUAACGUACUUGAUCUUGGAAUUAAUAACCUAACAGGUGUAAUUCCAGAUGAAGUCAGUAACCUUCAAGAGUUGCUGGAGCUGAAGUUGGAUUUCAAUAACUUUAGUGGGUCGAUCCCUAUUGGUAUAUUUAAUAUCUCAACUCUUGCAUCUAUUUCACUCACACAAAACCACAUUUCAGGUAGUGGAAGUUUUGGUUCUGUUUACAAAGGGACAUUAGAAGAUGGGAUGAUAGUAGCUGUUAAAGUUUCCAAUGUGCAGUUGGAAGGAACAUUUCAAACCUUUGAUAGAGAAUGUGAGAUCUUACGGAAUCUUCGUCAUAGAAAUCUAACAAAGAUCAUUAGCAGUUGUUGUAACUUAGAUUUUAAAGCAUUGGUACUUGAGUACAUGCCAAAUGUGAGCUUAGACAAUUUGCUAUAUUCUCAAGAUUAUUCUAUAAAUAUAAUGCAACAGUUGAAUGCCAUGGUCGAUGUCGCAUCUGCUCUGGAAUAUCUCCAUCAUGGUUACUUUGUACCUAUUAUUCAUUGUGAUCUGAAGCCUAGCAACGUCUUACUUGACAAAGACAUGGUGGGCCACCUGACAGACUUUGGCAUUGCAAAGCUUCUAACAAAAGAGAAAUCUAUUGUUCAUACUGCAACCUUUGCCACAAUUGGUUACAUUGCUUCAGAAUAUGGAUUGGAAGGCCUUAUAUCCAAGAGGUCUGAUGUUUAUAGUUAUGGUAUAAUGUUGCUGGAAACUUUUACAAAGAAGAAACCUAAUGAUGAAAUGUUCACGGGAGAUGUGGAUUUGAGAAGCUGGGUGCACAGUUCACUUCAUGAUAAGCUGGAUGAAAUCAUAGAUGCUGACUUACUAACAAUAGACGAAGAGAACUUAAAUGAAAAAUUACAGUAUUUGUCAUCAAUCAUGGAGUUAUCCAUGAAUUGCACAGCUAAAUCUCCAGUUGAAAGGAUGAACAUGACUGAUAUUGUAGUAGCAUUACAAAAGAUCAAGCAACAACUUUCUUCCCAAUAUUGAUCGAACGGCCUAAUGAUAUGACAUCAGAUUGCAAAAGCUUGCCCUUGGCUCCAACAUGUUAAGCGGAGAAGUACCAAUAAGCAUAUAUGAAUGCACGCAACUUCAACUCCUAAUGUUGUUUCGAAAUAACUUUGUUGGAACCACUGCAAGAGAAUUAGGUUAAUUACAACUGCUGCAACAUUUAGAUCUUGGAGAUAACAAGUUUGAAGGUAUGUGUUUAUCAUUUUUCGUGGGAGUUUAACUUUACUUGUAGUAUUAUUGAUUGGAUUUAACUUAUAUACACCAACAACACAAUACUUUUUAUAGCCUAUUUUACCAAACUUCUUAAUUUUUUUUAAAAAAUAUGCAUAUUUUAGAGAGGUGAAGUGUUUGACCAAUCUUUAGAAAAUAUAAGUGCUCUUAAAUAGUAGAAAAAAGAAAAUUUGUUUGUUUUCACUAAUUGCUCAGUUGCUUCUGCUCUCAGUUUGUAUACUUAUAGCCUGUUUGAUCAAGCUUCCGCAAAGUUAAAAGCAUUUUUUUAAUUUUUAAGAAAUGCUUAUAUUUUAUAGUUUUUUUUUUAACCCAUCCCCCAGGAGCUCUCCUUUGCUCCCUUGGUGACUCGAACAUUUAAGAAGUGCUUAUAUUUUAUAGUUGAGUUGUUUGGUCAAGCUUUUAAGCAAAAAAUAAGUGUUUUGGAGUAAUAGCAGAAAAUGUAAUUCUAGAAAUUUUUCUUCUUUAUGUUCUUAAGAAAAUUUCUUAAGGUUGUCGCCACUUUUGAUUUGUAAAAGGACGUUUGCUUGAUCUAAGCUUCCAUGGCUCCACCAAAAGCCCCCUUUUUUUUCUUCUCACGUCACAUGUAGCUCAAAAGAACCUUGUGUUAUUGCUGGGAAAAUGAGUCAUGACCUUUUUAAGCCAUCAUUUAUACCCCUUUGGGUCCACCAUCUCUUAUGCCCAUAUUCCUUACUCUAGGUUUCAUUAAUCAUCAUCACUGAUGUAAUGUUAAAAUCAUACAUAAAUGCUGCCACAAUAUUAAUUAAUUUAAAAGACUAACAUGGUUGGCAUCUCACCAUCAUACCCUUCCAAAUUAUACCAUAUAUUUCCUCCGUUUCAAUUUAUGUGAACCUUUUCAGAGUACGAGGGUUAAACUUUAUAACUUUGACCUUAAAUUUUGACAUAGAUUUUUCAAGUUUGUAAAAAUAAAAUUUAUAUAUUUAGAAACUACAUUAAAAGUACUAUAAGUCAUGAUAAUUUAUAAUUCAAAUAAUUUAGAAAAAAUGCAAGGAAAACGUGGUCAAAGAACCACCUCGUAGACUCCCCAAAUUGUAAAGGGUUCACAUAAAUUGAAACAAAGGAAGUAUAUAUUUUCAUACCCCAAACACUUCACCGUCUUCUUAGGAGUCAGUUUACAUCUUCGUGACAUAUUAAGCAUAUCAAUAAGGUAAUUAAUUGGCCCGAUUAAAUUUUCAAAACUUACGGGGCUUUAUAUUGUUUCCCACUUAGGAACAUUCACCCUCGAAUGAUGGGCUAUAAUCGUUCUUAGAGCUUGGUAGGAACUUUACUCUUUAUGUAUGGUUAGUUUGAUUUUCUAUUAGUAUUAUUGAAUAGAAUUUUCUAUUAGUAUUAUUGAAUAGAAGUUAAGCUUUUGUUCAGUAUAUGAAUUUUUAUGUGACAUUUUUGUUUAACAAUACGACAAGCACAAUUCCUGAUGAGAUCGGUCAUCUUUAUAACUUGAAGAAGUUAAUCAUGGAAAAAAAUGAAUUAAGAGGCUCAAUCCCUUUAACCAUAUUCAACAUUUCAUCACUUGAAAUGUUAUAUAUGAGUGGUAACAUGCUUGAAGGACCUUUAGCAAGAGACGUUGGCAAUUUGACUAUGCUUAACGUACUUGAUCUUUCAAUGAAUAACCUGACAGGUAUGGAAAAGUAUCUAAUUCGUAGCAUGUUAGAAUUUCAGGUUUUUGGAUACUUCUACUUUUGCUAAGCUUACUGAAUUUUGCAGGUGUAAUUCCGGAUGAAGUCGGCAACCUUCAAGGGUUAGCAGAGCUUUCAUUCUAUUUGAAUAACUUUAAUGGGUCGAUCCCUAUUGGUAUCUUCAAUAUCUCAACUCUUGUAAUUAUUUCACUCACAGAUAACCGCUUAGAUAAUCUUCCUUCCACUAUAGGCCAUGGGUUACCUAAUGUUGAAGGAAUAUUUCUAGGUGGAAACAACAUUAAUGGUGUCUUACCUCGUUCCAUCUCAAAUUUGUCUAAUGUCGCGCGCUAGUCUCAAUCUCCUAGACAAUAAACUUACAGGUUCAAUUCCUGAAUCACUAGGAAAUUUAAGACUACUUAAAGUUCUCAACUUGUAUGGUAACUCGUUCACAAGUGCAUUGAGCGUUAUUACUCCUUUGGCCAAUUGUAAACA